UUGCAGACUGCAGAUGAGAGAGUCUGGAGCAGACACAGUUUUAACUUAGCCAUUCCUAAUUUAUCUCAAGCGUUUUCAAUUCAUCUUCACUGCUCUGUGCACACAGGAACACCAGAUUGCCAUCCCUGGGGAACAGAAUGCAACCGGGGAUCUAGAGAGCUGUCACAUUCCAAGAAAUAUUUAAAUUGUGCUGGUUUUCUUCUGGAGAGCUGAGCCCAGGGAAUGAAACUCUCCAUCCAGUCGUAGCUUUGCGGGCAAUAGAUCAGAGGAUAUUGCCAGUUUCCUAAUGGAUUAUUGUUAUCGGGCAGGUUUUCUCUGAAGAUUGUCACAAGAAACAGUUUCUACCACCUGCCUGAAUAAACUUUCAAGUGGACCUUGGAUCAGGUCUGUGAUCAGUUUUAUGUUUUAGAAAGUGUACGGCCUGCUGCUGGAUUUCUUUCUUUGUAGGAAUUGGAGAUCAGCCAGAUCAGUUGUGUGCACAGAGUUGCUUUGGAUCUGUCUCUUCAAACAGGAACUCCACAGAAUGCUACAGUAAGGUUGAAGCAUUAUUACAUUCUGGGUGUCUAUAGUUUUUAUACAGGACAGAUUAUGACAGCUUCUUCCUUAAGGAGAGGAUGUUUAAAUUUUACCAAAUGAAAUACAUUUUUCAAAUACUGGAUAAAAUGAGAUGCUUGCGAAAGCGUUCUACAGUGUCGUUCUUGGGCGGUCUUGUCGUUUUCCUUCUAUUCAUGAACUUGUACAUUGAAGAUAGCUAUGUUCUGGAGGGUGAUAAGCAACUCAUACGGGAAACAUCCACACAUCAACUUAAUUCUGAACGCUACGUUCACACUUUCAAGGAUUUAUCAAACUUCUCAGGAACCAUAAAUGUGACCUAUCGCUACCUAGCUACCACGCCUUUACAGAGAAAGCGUUAUCUCACAAUUGGACUUUCAUCAGUGAAAAGAAAAAAAGGGAACUAUUUACUUGAGACCAUCAAGUCAAUUUUUGAACAGUCAAGCUAUGAAGAACUAAAGGAAAUUUCAGUAGUGGUGCAUCUAGCAGAAUUUAAUUCAUCCUGGCGUGAUGCCAUGGUCCAAGAUAUUACACAAAAAUUUGCUCAUCAUAUUAUUGCAGGAAGAUUAAUGGUUAUUCACGCUCCUGAAGAAUAUUAUCCAGUUCUGGAUGGUCUUAAAAGAAAUUACAAUGACCCAGAGGAUAGAGUCAGAUUUCGUUCCAAGCAAAAUGUAGAUUAUGCUUUUCUGCUGAAUUUUUGUGCCAAUACUUCAGACUAUUAUGUAAUGCUUGAAGAUGACGUUCGGUGUUCCAGAAAUUUCUUAACUGCCAUCAAGAAAGUCAUUGCAUCCUUAGAAGGAACGUACUGGGUGACUCUUGAAUUCUCUAAGCUUGGCUACAUUGGUAAACUCUAUCAUUCUCAUGAUCUCCCACGUCUGGCUCAUUUUUUAUUAAUGUUUUAUCAAGAAAUGCCUUGUGAUUGGCUAUUGACUCAUUUCCGAGGUCUACUGGCUCAGAAAAAUGUGAUCCGAUUUAAACCUUCUCUCUUUCAGCACAUGGGCUAUUAUUCAUCCUACAAAGGAACGGAGAAUAAACUGAAGGAUGACGACUUUGAAGAGGAGUCAUUUGACAUCCCUGAUAAUCCUCCAGCAAGUCUGUACACCAACAUGAACGUCUUUGAAAACUACGAAGCGAGCAAAGCUUACAGUAGUGUUGAUGAGUACUUUUGGGGAAAGCCGCCAUCAACAGGAGACACAUUUGUUAUUGUAUUUGAAAAUCCAAUUACAAUUAAAAAAAUUAAAGUGAAUACUGGAACAGAAGAUCGACAGAAUGACAUUUUGCAUCACGGAGCUCUAGAUGUUGGGGAAAAACUUAUGUUUAGUAAACAAAUUAGACAAUGUGAUACUUACUUGAGACUAGGGGAAUUCAAAAAUGGAAACUUUGAAAUGUCAAAUGUGAAUCAGAAAAUCCCAUUUGACAUACACUGCAUGAGGAUAUGUGUCACCAAAACUCAAAAAGAAUGGCUGAUAAUUAGGAGUAUCAGCAUUUGGACUUCCUAGCCAAGAAAAUUAGUAUAAUGAGUUUCUGAAGCAAAUCUUCCUGCUUCAAAUUUUGGAAUCUUCCUCUUUUGCUACUUUUGUCUUUUGGAGGGAAUGAUGUGAUGUGUUACAAGAAAAGUGAAUCAUCUCAGCAGUUCUGACUGUAGUUUUACUAAACACACCUUUGUAUCUUUUAUUUUUACCUUUGUUGUUGAACACCAUUCUGUAGUUAAAGGCCACUUUCAUUCAUAUAUUUAAAGGUUCAGAGCUCCAAAUUUAAAUCAAUUGCCAAAAGAGUGAUUUAAAAGACUUAAAAUGAGAAAAUUCUUUGUGAUAUAGUAAUUAAUUAAAAUACAGUUGCCAGCAGUACACACUUAUCAAUGAAUUGAGCAUUUAUUAUAUGAUUAGACACCUUCUUACUAAGAAUCUCUGAGAAUAUGCAGUUGGUUGCAAUCAUAAACUGGGAUAUUUUUCUUAUAAAUUUAGGUUUUCAUUGAGUGAUGUAUUUCUACAAUUAAUACCUCCUCCUAGAAGUGGUGUCUUUACAACAGAAUAAAAUUGUGUAAGUAAGACUAUGGAAAAACAGACUUAACAGUUGUCAUUCCUCUGGAUAUUUAUAUGAAAAAAUAUUGUUCAUUGUUUUAAACAUUUUAUUGAGCACUUAUGGUUAAUAAUUUUUCUGUGGGGAGAAGUCUAUUUCUAACUUCUCUUUUGAAAAAAAAUAGUUUAGUAUUUUAAGGUUAUGUUGAAUACCUGUAAUUAACAGACAAAGAGAGAUGACCUAUAGUAAAUCCAAUCAUACAAACAUUUUCAAUAUAUGCAGAAAAAUUGAAAUUGAUCUUACAUUUUUGAAUCAAAAUUCAUGUAAUUGAAAUUGUUAUUUAUCAUAUUCUGGAGAGAAUAAAGGAAUAUCUUAUGUGAGAGAAAAGUUAAAGCUAUAGAAAACAGUAGAUUUUUUUUUUAUAGCCAAUGAGCUACUUUUUAACAAAGCCAAAAUGAAGGAUUUUAUUUUUGUUCUGACUGCUAGACAACACUCUACUAUCUAGAAAUUUCUCUUCCAGAAUUAAUGGUUUCUGUUCUCUCUUUUCUUCCUUCUUCUCUUUCUUUUCUCUUCUUUCAUGUAUGUAUGUAUUUAUUCAUCUAAUGUUUAUUUGUUUUUGCCUGCUUGUCUAUGAAUGCUACCUGUGCGCAGUGGCUGUGGAAGCCAGAAAAGAGUUUUAGAUAUCCUGAAACUUAAGUUAGAGGCCAUUGUGAGAUAUGGGUGCUGGGAACCAAACCAGUACCCUUUUUAAGAGCAACAAAUGCUCUUAACCACCGAGCCAUUACUCCAGUCCCAUAUGUUAUGUGUCUUAUUUAGGUUUCAGACUAUCUUAAAUUAGAUAACAAACUUGGCCCAUAAAGUAUAUUAUGAUGUCAUGUGAUGAUUGUGAAGUGUUUUAAUUGAUGUUUUUAUGUUAUGUGCAUACAAAUAGUAAUGAAAGCUUAUUAUGGAUAAGUCAAUUUUCUCUAUCUUUCCAUAAAAGAAAUUCAAGACACCACAGUGUGUUCUGAAUACAUUGUGUUUCAGAAUUUACUCGUGGUCAUAUCCUAUUUACAGUUUGAUAAGCAAGCAAAUGAAGUGAUUUAUAAUGAAAAAAAAUGGGAUGUUUCAUAUGAAUGUGUUCGUGGAUACAAUGAAAUGUAGAUUGAUAUAUAUAUAUUAUAUAUAUAAGUUAUAUAUAUAUAAUAUAUAUAUGGUGAUCCUCUUGCAAACACACAUAUAUGUGUGUUUGUCUGUGUGUAUGUGUGUAUAAUGUGUGUGUCUGUAUGUGUGUUGCAUAAAGACUCUAUUUAUGAUACUAAAAAAAAGAAAAAAAGGAGAUUUGUGUCUGCUAUUCUUUCUAUCAUAAAAUAUAACCUUGGGAUUUAUAUAGUCCAAAAGACAUUAGGUUGUUUUAUUUCAUUUAUUCUGUCAAAAACAAUUAAAUUAGAAAAUCUAAGCAUCAGAAUUUUUGUUCUUUUCUUGACAGAGCCACUAUUACAUAACUUGUCACAUUUAUUUUCUGCAGUUCUAGGAAAGAUGUUACCUUUUCUUAAACAUGUAAAUGUGAAUAAUUUGGGAAAUAUUUAAUUUGAACUUGUGAGAAAAUAUAAACACUGUCAUGAAACUAUCUACAUUUUGGAUUGAGUGAUAAUUGCCAUAAGCUUACAAAUAUUCUACUUUCCUGAUCUCUCAGGCUCUUUUUAUUAACUGACUGGCUAUGGAGUGUUCUCCCUCUAUCUCAGAACUCACAGUAAUGGCUUUCUGCAUUUCUGGUUAUUAAAAGCACAUAACUAUAUUCAAGUGGUGUAAAAUAUUAAAAUCAAAAAUGAUUUCUUGCACUGAGCUGUAUGCUUGUACACAUUGACCACUGCAAGUGAGAUUCCAAAGGGCAUCUACUAUUAUAUGUAAUUUUCUGGAAAAUGAUUUAGUAAAGACUGACCAGGGUAAGAGGUUGAGGUUGGAGGUCUGCUGGGGGAUGUAAAGGAAGUCACAUUUUAUCUUAAGGUCCCUUCAUUACUAAAACUGACAUUAAAUAAGCUACAACCACCCCGGGAGGUUUCUAUGUUUUCUUUACAAGUGUUACUGGGUUAACUUACCUUCUUUCUUGAUUUUAUUUUAUAUGUUUAUUUUAAUUGUUAUUAUUUUAUGUGUAUGGGUGUUUUGUAUGCAUGUAUGUCUUUGUACCACAUGUACACCUAGCGUGUGAGAAUUUCAGAAAACGGAAUCAGGUCUUCUGAAACAACAGUUAUGGCUAGUUAUGAGGCACCAUGAUGCACCUGUUGACUAAACACAUCAGCUACGAGAGCAACCGGUGCUCUGAACUACUGACCAUCUCUAGCCAACCAUUUUCUUUCUUUGACCUAUGCUUUUUUUUUUUCUUUCAGCAUACCAAAUACUAGGUCUCAUUACAAUUGAGGGGAAGGAGUGGGAUAUAGUUGUCCCAUUAAAUGCUGGGAGGCCACAGUUUUCUUAUUCUUUACAUGUUGAUAACCUAUGCACCUAUAUUAAUCAGAUCCUAUUAUAAAUGAAGCUUCUCUAAUUAGGAUUAUGAGAUACACACACAAAAAAAAAUUUGAGUCAGUUACAUCUUGAUUUCUCAAUAACCUAGAACCAAACCAUGUGAUGUCUUCAACAACUUAUGACCAAGUUAUGGAGGGUAUGGGACUGUCUCUGACACGAACUCAGUGGUUGGCUCUUUGACCACCCUCGUCCCUGAGGGAGGAAUAGCCUUGGUAGACCACAGAGCAGGACACUGCAGCCAGUCCUGAUGAGACCUGAUAAGUUAGGGUCAGAAGAAAAGGGAAGAGGACCUCCCCUACCAGUGGACUUGGAGAGGGGUAUGGGAGGAGAAGAGGGAAGGUGGGACUGGGAGGGAAUGCCGGAGGGGGUUGCAGCUGGGAUACAAAUCAAAUAAGAUGUAAUUAAUGUAAAAAAAAUAAAAAUUUAAUUAAAAAGAAAUAAAGGAAAAAACAGGGCAUUUUUCACUGAAAAAAAAAAAGAAUCUGUAAUGUUUAGGUUAUCUAUAAGACAACACUGACUAACUCAAAAAUAGGUAACCCCUAUCUGGAACCGGUAUUUUAAUUUGAUAAUCUAUGAUGUCUGAGAGAGACACCCCAUGAUAGGGCAACUCCUUUUAAAUUUCUUUUGUAUCUACAUAUCUAUAUUUUAAGAACAUUCUACAGUAGUAGGCUUUCAUAUUGCAUUUUAAAAGUCUUGUGAUAAAAUCUGACCUCCCUUCUUCUGACAUGUGCUAAUCGGUUUCAUUAUUUCCUUUAUCCCUUCAUACUGCCUGCAUUCCACUAUUCCAUUCCACGUCCUUUGAAGUCUCAUAUUCCUACAUGGAUGAGCACAUAUCUCUGAAGCAGAAUAUUAAAACCUUUCUGAUCUCUUUCAAAAUGAAAAUCGAACGAAACUUUCCCUAUGCAACUCAAUACCAUGUUCUGUAUACUAAAAUGUGCUAAGUCCUAAGCAAUGUUAUCAUAGAGGCAUAGAGCCAAAAUUAUGAGGAUUUAUCUAUAUUCAAUCUGUUAAACCUCAUGUGAUACUUUUCUUCAUAGUGAUAUGAGUGUGUGUACAUGAUGGGUAUAUCUUUAGCCUAUAUGCACAUAAACAUACACAGAUUAUUUUCCUUACUGAUAAUACCUAUUGAAAACAAUGCUUUUGAUUGUCAUUAAAACAAGAUAUGAAGAGAUAUUUCAAAUACAAAUUUGAAUACAACAUAAGAUUUUUAUAGAAAUUUAAUAGGACACAAAUGUUUUAGUGCUGUGGUGGGGUCCUGGAAACCUGACUAGGCUGACCAGGGACAGACUCACAGACAUAUAUACAGAGAAGUUAGAGGCAGAUGUUUCUUUAUUAGAGACAGCUUAAUGAGGAAGAGAUGAGUUAGUGAGAUAAGUAGGCAGUGUCUGCAGGGGAGCAUGGUCUAGUUGCAGGUAUACGGAGAAAGCUAUGGUUGGUAGUUUCUUUACACGUUGGUAUUAGCUAAAGGUAAUCUUUUUAUUGGAUGAAAAUUAAGCUUUGCUAUUCCCUCAGGUAAGGCGUUUCCAUUCCCCUGGAUAUGAGGCAAUGGGUUCCUGACAUGGAUAUAACUGUAAUACUCAUGUCAACAAUAAGUAUUCACCCAGUACUUCCUUUACUCCCUACAAUUUAGCACUAAACUUCUGUAUGUAAACAUUUCCAGCAUUUAUGAAAUAAAAGAAAAGCAUAUAAUACAUCACAAUAAAAUGUUGAAAAUAUAGUUUUGGGAAAAUACACACUGGAGCAGCCAUAAAAACAUUGCAUAAAAAACUUACCAUCAAAUGUUAAUAAAAAACCCUUAUAUUCUCAUUUUAAACCAUAUUUUCAAACAAAUUAUAAAAUAGAUAUUUCCCAGGUAUGAAAAUAUGAUUUAAAACCAGUGUAUCAUUUAGAUCUAUUUCUCUUCAUGCAGCUAGAGUUAUGAAAUUUGCACAUUCUUUAUUGGACAAAUUCAGCUUAAUAAUGAUGGUAUAUAAAUUCUAUGACCUAUCAUAAUGAUUUAAAUGAAGCAAACAAUAUAAAUUACCCAAUAAAGAAAACAUCUAUCUCCUCUUCUAGAUGUCCCUGUGAUAUCCUUUAUUCAAAAUCUGUCAUUUAAUAAAAACUUUCUUCAAAACAUAACUCAAAGGAUUAACAAAUGGAUCUCUGCACACUUUAAUAAGU